CAGCAUUUUCAGAGAGCUCGUCAGCUGAGCCGUAAUCUGGUCUCGAGCAACUUUUCUCCCCUCACACCAUGAGCUCAGAAACCGAUGAAUCGAAGGAAGUGGCCACAGAUGUCUUUAAUUCCAAAAAUCUGGCCGUUCAGGCCCAGAAGAAGAUUCUCGGUAAAAUGGUGUCCAAAUCCAUAGCCACGACCUUGAUCGAUGACACCAGCAGUGAAGUUUUAGACGAGCUCUACAAAGUGACCAGGGAAUACACGCAGAACAAGAAGGAGGCGGAGAAGAUCAUCAAGAACCUCAUCAAGACUGUCAUCAAGCUGGCGAUCCUGUACCGGAAUAACCAGUUCAACUCAGAUGAGCUCACGCUGAUGGAGAAGUUUAAGAAGAAAGUGCACCAGCUAGCCAUGACUGUGGUCAGUUUCUAUCAGGUGGAUUACACCUUUGACCGGAAUGUGUUGUCCAAACUAUUGAAUGAAUGCAGAGAGCUUCUCCAUCAAAUCAUCCAGCGCCAUCUGACUGCAAAAUCCCACGGACGCAUUAACCAUGUGUUCGAUCACUUUUCCCAUUGCGAGUUUCUGGCCACCCUGUACAAUCCUUUUGGAACUUUUAAGCCCCACUUGCAGAAACUGUGUGACGGCAUCAACAAAAUGUUGGAUGAGGGCAAUAUAUAGGCCGUAUGUGAAGAGAGCACUGCUGAUUUAUGAAGGAACAAGGGACCACGCCAAAGAGUGUGUUUGACUAGUUCGGGUUUCAGAAAGACUUUACCAACUCAAUUUCUUGAUUGUGAGCCAUCCGUCCAUCCAUGCAUCCACCCACCCGCCCACCCACCCAUCCGUCAUUUCUCCAACACCUCCACGGACAACAGUAUUGCUUUGCGGGCUCAGUUUGGACAAAGGAGACAAAAGCAGACUGCCGAUCAGAUUAACAGCUUCAGCACAGCUCAUGUAGGACAAAGCUCUCGUGAGUUGAUAAACGAUGUGCAGUUAGACAAUCCAAAUGUGUAUUUCUCCAUUUAAAGAACCAUAUAUUUAUAGCCCCAUACAAGGCGUUUUGGGUGUCAGUCUGGUGAUGGUACAGUCUGUAUCUUUAGCGUGUUAUAAAGUUAUACAUUUGGAUUCAUUUAUCUUCCUACCUGCUGUGUGUAUAUACAUUUAAAACACUUCUUUCUGUUGCUGCUGCUUUUAAAGCAAGCCUCUUCCUCAGCCCUAUCCCCAGUGCUUUUGUGCAAAGUUUUUGGUCUGGAUUGUUAAGAUCCAAACUUUGAAGCCAAACGAGCUGAGCUUGAAACCCUGCCACUGACCUGCACGGGUCGUCUCUCCCAGUAGAGAGUCAACCCUUUACUUAAAGGGUGCAGGGCGAGGUCAGAGAUGAUCUCCGUUAGGACUAACGGACUUCUUAAUAUCUCGGGGAUUCCUGUGGUUCCUAGAUAAGACGUGACAUUUUAGCCCUGGGCCUCCUGUUUCGGGCAGUCUUCUUUUAGGUCAGGCCAAAUGGUGUUGCUUGAAAAUGUGUUGACGUAAUCUGCAUGUUAAUAAAUACCUGUCAAUUGAGUAUUUAAGAGGAAGAAGAAAACCGCCAUCGAAGUGGGGGGGAAAUGACAAUUGGCGUAGUUUUGGGCAUCGACUAAAAGUGGAGAACUAGAGGAGAACACAGCGAGAGAUUUUGAUUUAGGUUCCUGUCUGUUUUGCAGUAACAGAGAGGAAUUGUAAGCCAAUUUCCACAGUAUGCGCAAGUCCAAACUGAAUGAAUUUCAAAAUGUAGAAAAGCUUUAUUAGGAGGAUGAUGAGUUUCUCAGCUUUAUUUAAUUGCUAAACUUUCUGCUCUUUGUUAUUUUCUGUUUU